CUGCAUAUUUCUUGUUCAUUAAUUUGAUUAUGGUUCAAAGAACUUACUUUUUGUUGUAAAAAAUUGAUGCUUAUGUUAUGUGUGCAGGGAACGUCUCGUGGUGGACGUGGUGGUCGUGGCGGUCGUGGUGGUCCUGGUGGUCUAAUUGAAACUGAAAAAAAGACUGAAGAGAAGAGUGAAGAGAAGGCUGAAGAAAAGGCUAAAGAGAAGAGUGAAGAGAAGAUUGAAGAAAAGACUGAAGAAGAGGCUAAAGAGAAGAGUGAAGAAGAGAUCUUUGGUGGAUUAGAAGAUCUCAAGUUUGAUAUGCCAACUCCAUCCAUUUUUGAUAAUCUUGGUUACUGAUUUCGAAAACGAGUGGAGGCUUUGGAAGCAGCGUCAACAACAAUGUCGCGGAGUAAACAUGUUUUUACAAAACAAUGUUUUUAAUCUUAUUAUUCAUUAACAAUGUUGGAUUAUGUUUUAUG